CAUGAACCAUAAAGUGUCACAUCCCCUCAUCUGAGCUGUGUGUGUGUGUGUGUGUGUGUGUGUGUGUGUGUGUGUGUGUGUGUGUGUGUGUGUGUGUGUGUUUCCAGUCGUUGCCAUGGAGGAGACGAGCCGCCUGGUGUCCACAGGAGACUGUGUGAAGAUCUGGGAUGCGGUUUCCAUGGCGCCACUGGAGCAGUUCAACCCUCACAGCACCGGCCACCCUGUGGCCCAGGCCUGCUGGGGCUCCAACAACCAUUACCUGGUCACUUCCAGCAGCAGCGGAGACAAACUGGUGGUUUCCAGCCUCAAGUCGACUCCGGUACCACUGGUGGAACUUGCAGAGGGGAAAAGGCAGACCCGUGUGUGUCUGAGUUCCUCGUCUCAGUUUCUGGUGAGUGGAGGUCUGGAUCACUGCGUUCACCUGUGGGACCUGAAGACCAAGAGGCUGCAUCGCUCCCUCAAGGACCAUAGAGAAGAGGUGACCUGUGUGUCCUUCAACGCCAACGACAGCUACAUCGCCUCCGGCUCCACCAGUGGAGAUCUGGUCCUCCACAGUCUCACCACCAACCAGUCCAGCAAAGCCUUCGGCCACGGCAGCAACCAGCCCAUCCAUGACCUGAAGCUCUCCGCGCUGAAGCGUUCCCUGCUGGGCACCGUGUCCGACAGUGGCGCCGUGGUCCUGUGGGACUCCAACACCCAGAAGGAGCUCCAUGUUUUUGACAGCGCCCACAAGGCCCCGGGCUCGGGCCUGGCCUUCUCACCUGCCAGCGAGCUGCUGGUGGUCAGCGUCGGUCUGGACAAGAAGAUCGUCUGCUACGACACUGCCAGCAAGAUCGUGCUCAGGUCGAUCCGGGUGGACAGUCCCCUGACCUCGAUUGACUUCACUCCAGAUGGUACUGGGCUGGUAGUCGGAUCCACUCAGGGGAAGAUCUACCAGUACGACCUGAGGAACUCCAGCACCCCCACCAGGAUCACUGUUGCACAUAAAACCUCGGUCACAUGUCUUCGCUUCCAGAGCAACACCAGCAGACACAAGUCCAGUAAACUGGGCGCCACCAAGAUCUCCAGUACGAAAAGAUCCUCAACCAGAGUUUCCAGCAGCCAGCUAGACCCCACCCCUUACACAGGCCCCACCCCCCACAGACAGGUGACAAGUACAGCAGGGGUCGCUGAAGCAGACGUGAUGUUCCGGGAAGCUGAGGGUCAACAGGGGACAGAGCAGCUUCCAGCCGUGGAGAAGAUGAGCAGCGUUGGACGAAACAGUCUGGACGUCUUCUCUCCUGUACGAGAUGACCUGAGGACUCAGGGGACAACUGGAGAGACGCCGUUUGGAAGAACACACGUAACCAGUCUGGACAUGUUGUCCAGAGAAGGGGAGGGUCAGCCGGUCGUGGGUCGUGCCAGUCUGGACAUCUUCUCGCCCGUCAGAGACGAUUCUCACUCCGGUGCCAGCGCUCAUCGUAAGACCCCCCUGGUGGCCACUGCAGGUCGAUGCUACAGCCCACUGUCUGUCUUCCAGACCCCCCCACCAAUCAAAGAAGAAGAGCCAAUCACUGCUGCAGCUGCUGAACCAUGUGACUCCAGGAAGGUGCUGACCCGUGUUCAUCAAACACGUGACUGUUUUUUCUCUUGUUUGUGAUCUGUGUCCGUGCGG